AUGGCGGGCCGCGCCGGGGCGGGCUGGCCCCGCCGCCUGCUCGCCCUGGGGCUCUGCUGCCUCCUGCCGCCCCCCGGCUCCGGCACAUGGAGACCGGCCGCGCUGCAGCCCUCGGCCCGCAGCAAGUGGUGCUCCUACGCGGUGACGCGGACGGUGUCGUGCCACGUGCAGAACGGCACCGUCCUGCAGCGCGUCUUCCAGAGCUGCCGCUGGCCCCCGGCGUGCGGCGGCGGCAGCUACCGCACCGUGGUGCGGCCCGUGUACCGCGUGGCCUACAGGACGCUCACAGCGCUGGAGUGGAAGUGCUGCCCCGGCCACACCGGCACCCACUGCCACCAAGACCCUCGGAGCUCCCUGGUGCUGCAGGACGCGGCCCGGCCCGACCCGGCCGCCCGCCGGACCCCCCUGCGCCCCRCGGCCGCCUCAGGCUGCUGGAACUGCAGCCGCCUGGGCCAGCUGGACGCCCGGCUCUCCGCGCUGGAGGCCCAGGUCACCCGGCUCUCGGCGCCCGACCCGCCACCCUCCCCGGCACCCAGGGGUCCCCCUGUGGGACGGGGUCCCGGACAGCUCUGGGGGUCCCCGGCCGCCCGCGGGAGCCCUGGUGAGGAUGGGCCGCCGGGCCCCCCCGGAGCCCCCGGCCGCGACGGAGCCAGGGGCCUCCCUGGAGAAAAGGGGGCGCCGGGGCUCCCCGGCCCCCCUGGGCCCCCCGGGCCCCCCCGGGCUCCCCUGGGACCGGCCAUAUCCCGCGUGUCCAACCCAAGGGACCCGCUGCUCUCCAACAGCUUCACGGAAGCGGCCGGGGGCAUCGUGGGCCCCCCCGGCCCCAUGGGGCCCAUGGGACCCCCGGGCCCCCCCGGCCCCCCUGGGCUGCCCGGCCCCCCAGGACCCCAAGGUAAAGCCGGAGCACCCGGAGCCGCCGGCCCCCCCGGCGAGAAGGGCGACAGGGGCCCGCAGGGAGAGCCGGGCAGCCGGGACGGGGCGCAGGGCGAGCCGGGCCCCCGCGGCCAGCCGGGCGACAAGGGCACCUGGGGGGAGGGUCUGCACCAGCUCCGCGAGGCGCUCAAGAUCUUAGCCGAGAGGGUCUUGAUCCUGGAGACCAUGAUUGGGCUCUACGAGCCGGAGGCCGGAUCGGGCAGCGACGCCGGGGGGCCGCGCGGCGCCCGCCCGUGA